GUGUGUGAAACCAUGGAUGGAGGUGCUGCUGCCAUUGAAGUUCUUGUUCAAAACCUGAUCAACACUUUGAAGGAUGAGUACUCUUUGAUUCGAGGUCUCGAUGGAGCUGCCCUACAGCUGCAGAGGACUUUGGACAUGAUCCAAGCCUUCUUGAAUGAUGUUGAGAAGAAAACCAUCACUGACAAGGCUGUCAAAGUAUGGUUGAGGGACCUGGAAGUCGUGGCUUUCGAUGCUGAUAAUGUCUUGGACGAACUCAGCUAUCACCUUCUCCACAAAAAAGUGGAGAAAAUGAAGACACCCAAUCCUAGUCCCAAGGCCAAGGAUAGGGUCCUAUCAUGCUUCUCAUCCUGCAAAAGCAUUUCGCGUCGGCAUAAUAUGGCUCACACAAUCAAGAAUAUCAAUGCAGAGUUUGAGUCUAUGAACAAAAGGGCAACAGGCCUUGGCCUUCAGAGCAUACUUCUGAAUGCACCUGUUGCUACUCAUACUUCCAUUGAGACUAAUUCAAUCAUGUGUGAUCCAAUCUUUGUCGGAAGAGAUGAUGAUGUGUCUGCAGUAGUUGGCAUGUUGACCCAUAUCCCCCAAGAUCAGACCAUCUCCAUUGUUGCUCUUGUCGGAAUGGGGGGUAUGGGGAAGACCACGUUGACCCGGAAUGUUUUCAAUCACGAAAGGCUAAAGACAUUCGGAUCGCAUAUGUGGGUUCAUGUUUCUCAAACUUUUGAUCCAAUCAGUCUUUUCAACAAAAUGCACUCAACAUUGGCUUCAACUACCGGUGAUAGAGUUGAGCGAGUUGAGCAGGAGGAAGCUAUCCUGAACAAGCUUCGAGAAGUUCUCAGGUCUAAAACUUAUCUUCUUGUUCUUGACGAUGUUUGGAAUGAAGAUAUUCUGAAAUGGGAAGGUUUUAUAAAUAACAUGAAGGGAGUUUCUUCCACCAAGGGAAAUGGUAUUAUCAUCACCACCAGGAGGGAAAAUGUUGCUUCAAUUGCCGACCCAUUUCAUAUUCAUCGAGUGAAUGGCUUAUCAGAUGAACAGUGCUGGUCCAUAAUCAAAGCAAGAUCUUUUGAUGGAAAUGCAGAAGUUCCAUCAGGAUUUGAGACGAUUGGGAAAGAGAUUGCAAUGAGAUGUCAGGGUUUGCCCUUGGCUGCCAAUGUGGUUGGGGGUGUGCUUCGUCGCUGUAAAUCCAUGCAAGAUUGGUGCUCCAUCAAAGAAAAUUGGCUCUCGGAUGAUGAAGGAGGUGAAAAUAUCUCAAAAAUAUUGAAAUUGAGCUAUGAUCAUCUGUCUUCGCCAUCACUCAAGAAGUGUUUCGCGUUUUGUUCGAUUUUCCCCAAAGGUCGGAAAAUCAAGAAGGAUGAGCUUAUUGAACUUUGGAUGGCAGAAGGGUUUCUUCAACCUAGCCGAAGAGAUGAUAUGGAGUCCGUGGGCAACAUGUUUCUCAAUGUGCUUUUACAGAACUCGUUGUUGCAAGCUGCAGAGGGAGAUUAUCAUGGAAGGGAAAACUAUGUGAUGCACGAUCUUGUGCAUGAUCUUGCAUCUUCUAUUUUAUCUAAUAAUGCAGAUGGCAGCACUCUAAUUCAAUACAUGUUUCAUGAAAAAGAAUCAAUUCAUAUACCAGAAGCAGUAUCGAGGAAUUUACGUACAUUACUCUUGGGAGAUGAAACUUGUGUUACCAUAUUCUCUGACUUCAAAUGUCUGCAUACUCUAACUCUUUAUGGUCGUAAGUUUAAAGAGUUGUCCAUUUCAAUUAAGGAGUUGAUACAUUUGAGAAAUCUCAAUAUUUCCGACACAUCAAUUGACAACAUUCCGGAGUGGAUUGGUGAACUCCACCACUUGCAAACAUUUGGAGCAGAAAUAUGGGGAUUAGAGAAACUGCCAAGUACAUUGAAGUACUUGAUUAACUUAAGGCAUCUUCAUUUAUGGCCGGAUACGAAGUUACCAGCAGAGAUUGGGAAAUUAACUAGUCUCCAAACACUUGGGCACUUUAAAGUGGGCAAAGAGAAGGGCUACCAAAUUGAAGAGCUUGGAAGUUUGAAGAAUCUCAAAGGAUCACUAUGUAUUCGGAAUCUCGAAAGGGUGCGUGACAAGGAAGAUGCUAUGAAAGCAAAUCUGUUGCAGAAGUCAAACUUGUCUGAAUUGGUGUUUAAAUGGGAUGAUGAUAGUGAUGCCGACAGAAAUGAUGAGAGUGUGUUGGAGGGCCUUCAACCGCAUGCAAAUCUGAAGGUGUUGGGGAUUGAUGGAUUCAAAGGCAAAACAUUUCCAACAUGGUGUAAGAAGAUGGCAGUGCAGGAUGGGCCUCGAGGCUCUUGGGUACAACUUGAUAACUUGUUUCGGAUAUCACUUGUGAAUUGCUCGGAGUGUGAGGAAAUCCCAAUGUUGGAUCACUCAUUGCCUAAUCUCAAAUCUCUUUUUAUGACAAAAUUGAAAGAGGUGAGGUCCAUAAAUUUCUCAUUCAAAAAUUUAAAAUCUCUCCAUAUAUACGACUUAGAGAGAUUACAAUAUCUGCCAGAAUCGUUAUUCUCUAACAAUCAGAGUCUCUCAAAUUUAAGGAUCGUAAAGUGCCCUGUGUUGAGUGAAUUACCAUAUGGGCUGGACACCCUCAAUUCUCUAGAGGAAUUGACCAUCAGUGAUUGUCCAAAUUUGAAGUGGAUCAAGAAUCCAAGCCGUGGAGCAAAAAAAUAUCAAGGAAUCCUCCAUCAGCUGAUAAUUGAAGGGUGCGAAAAGCUGAUAGAAUUGCCAUGUCAAAUUCUGGAGUCGUCAGCACCCACAAUCAAGACACUUUUAUUGAAUGAAUUAAGGAGCCUAAAGAAUCUACCUAUGCUAAUUGACUGCCUCGCCAAAUCAUGUCCUUGCCUCGAAGUAUUGAAAAUCAGAGGUGUUCCUAAUUUCAUGGCAAGUGGUACUAUUGGGAGUUGGAGUUUAGGCAGGUUGAGGGCAUUAGAGAUAGAUGUGAGUGUGGAGUGGUCAAUGGAGAGUAGUGAUGCCAUCGGAGCGACUGUGGAAGGGAUGCUGCAAGGAUGUGGCAACUCGCUUAUAUGGCUACAAUUGAAGGGGGUGGAAAACUGGGAGUGGGUGCCCCAAUCAAUCCAACACCUCAUUGCUCUUUCUGAGUUGGAGUUAGAGAAUAUAGGGGUACAAGAAUUGCCCCAAUCAAUCCAACACCUCACUGCUCUUUCUGAGCUGAAGUUAGAGAAUAUAGGGAUAGAAGAACUGCCAGAAUGGUUGGGAAACCUCUCAUCCCUGGGGAAGUUAACUCUAGUAGGUUGUAAGAAGUUGAGGUGUCUGCCCUCUGUUGAUGCAUUGGAGCGUCUCACUCGGUUACGUUGGUUAGCAAUUGCAGAUUGUCCAGAACUAUGUAUUGAUUCAGAGUUGCGCAACCAACUGAAUUUCACCAUUGCGGUUCAUAUAAAAUGUUUAAAUAGUGAGCAGAGCUGAAAAUGGAGUCCGGAUGAAGUCAGACCAAAAGCAAAGUCUAGAGAAAGAGCAGAUUCAUCACAAUAUUCCACACUAGAUUCAUGAAAUUCCGAUGUAUGAAAUUCAGAUUUAAAUGAGGAAAAAAGGUAUUUAAUCA